CAGCCCCCCAAACUCACCAAAAGCGCUAAGUUCGCCCUUAUCGUUUCGUACCUCCGCGCCAGUGGCACGUGCCACACGCUCAAGGACCUGGAGAAGUCCCUUCCCGCAGUAGCUUCAAUCAACGCGAUCCAGGUCAAGGAAUUCCUCCAAGAACUGGUGGACGAGAAUGAAAUUCGGGUGGAGAAGAUCGGGAGCUUGAACUGGUACUGGUGCUUUAGCGGGGAGGUACUGCGCGAGCGCGAAAGCCGAUUGCGCGGGUUGCAGGCAGAGGUGGAGCGGGUGGGCAGGGUGGUGAGGGAGACGGAAGGGAAGGUUAGCGAGAGAAAGGCAGAGCAAGAGAGGGACAAUGCCGAAGAGGGUAGUGUCGGUGGUGGUGGUGAUGAUGACGAGAAUCAGGAUAGGGAAAGAGAGAGGGAGCGGUUGAUGCUACGAAAAGUGGAGUUGCAGGAAGAGAUUCGUCAUCUGCAGGGGCAAUUGACGGCGGUUUCAGGCCCCGGUGACAAGAAAAGAGGAGUCAACGGGAAAAGCUUGUCGUGCGUGGAGGAGGAGACGGAGGAGUUUCGGCGUCAGGCACUCAUGUGGACGGAGAAUAUCUACGUGCUGGAAGGGUUUGUCAAUCGGCUGACUGGCGGGGAUCGGGCGGUGCUACGGGCAGUGCAGCGCGAAUGUUAUGGGGAAGAAGAGUAUGUGGAGGGAGAGGGUUUACGGGAGAUC